CUUUAUUUGUCAUUAUUUAUUAACUUCUGUUAAUAUCAUCAUAUUUACAAUUGAUUUAUCGCUUUUUAUAAAGUAACACGAGUAAUUAUUAAGAAAUUUACAAGUAUUACGCCAUAAAAGGAAACUGUUUUGAACAGGAAGUUUGUCCAACUGUCCACACGUCACUCGACGACCGACGAGGAGUCCGACGACAGUAAAAUUCAGUUUUGGUGAUAGUGUUAAGUGAAUUUGUUGGUGAAAAUGCUAAUUCCAAAUGAAUAUGUAUCGACGGCAGAAGAUAUAGCAGACCAGGUAAUCAGAAAACUGAAGCAUGUACUGCCAACAGUGGCACGGCUGUGCCUCAUCUCCACUUUCCUUGAAGAUGGUCUCCGGAUGUGGUUUCAAUGGUACGAGCAGAGGGAUUAUAUGGACAUGUCAUGGGGGUGUGGCCAAUUCCUCGCCACUGUGUUUGUGAUAGUAAACUUGUUCGGACAACUCGGCGGCUGCGUGAUGGUGCUGGGCAGGCUAAAGGUGGACAUCGCAUGCGGGCUACUGUUCUUCAUCGUCGUCUUACAGACGUUCGCGUACAGCAUACUGUGGGACAUGCAGUUCCUGCUGCGGAACCUGGCGCUCAUCGGCGCGCUGCUGCUGGUGCUGGCGGAGGCGCGCGCGGAGGGCCGCAGCCUGUUCGCCGGCGUGCCGUCGCUCGGCGAGAACAAGCCCAAGACGUACCUGCAGCUCGCCGGCCGCAUCUUGCUGGCCUUCAUGUUCAUCACGCUGCUGCGGUUCGAGGUCUCCUUCCUGCAGAUCGUCCAAGACCUGCUGGGUAGCAUUCUGAUGAUCCUGGUGACGGUGGGCUACCGCACCAAGCUGUCGGCGCUGAUGCUGGUGCUGGUGCUGACGGUGCUCAACCUGUACCACAACGCGUGGUGGAUGGUGCCCAACUACAAGCCGCUCAGAGACUUCCUCAAGUACGACUUCUUCCAGACACUAUCAGUGAUCGGCGGGCUCCUCAUGAUAGUGUACCUCGGGCCGGGCGGCGUCAGUAUGGACGAGCACAAGAAGAAGUGGUAGAAGCGAGCGCAGUGCUGUGCACAGACUGUUACUAUAGCGUUGUUGACGGUGCGCUCGGCGCGGUGUUUGUAUGUAAAUAUGCGACGAUCCAACGUGUGUGCGACUGUCGUUGUAGCCAAAACGCAUUGAAGGCUCACUCAAUUGUUUUAAUGCUAUUGUUUUUUUUUUUUAAUUUGUGAUUGUUAAUACAUCGCUUUUAUUCAUGUGAAUUUAAAUAUUUCUAAGGUACUAGAUCUGGAUUCAAAUGAUUUUGCUGUUACGUUUUGAUUAUUGUUAACCGUCCAAUCGGCAUCGUCGCUAGGAUAUCGACUCGGGAGUUUUAAGUAAACGAAAACCGUUGUUUGUUGAAGUUAUUUGAUAUUUAAUACUUUUCCAUAGAAAAUUUAUAUUGUGUCACUGCUCUGAGCUCGAUUGAUUUAAUUUUAAGAAAUACAUUCAAUUAGUGUUUUCGAUUUGCGGUGUCCGACAUUUUAUAAGCCCGCCGGCAUGGCGGAGUCUAAGCUAGCAGAUGUGUGGCGGAGUCUACGCCUACAGUUGUGUGACGGAGUCUGCGCCGGCAGCUGUAUGUGUGACGGAAUCUGCGCCAGCAGCUGUGUGUGACGCAUGUGCGCCAUUAGCCUAAUGUCGUAACUAUGCUCCGUUACAGCAAAGUGCCUUGAUAGUAACAUCAAGUGAGAAGAAAUAUAAUAUAAUGAUAACUUAUGUUAACUUAUCCUAAUAACUAUGCAAAUCAUGCCCACGUGGAAUGGUGGCAAGAAUACUGGCUGCAUUUCCGCGCUGGACAGCCAGGCUGAUCCUUUGCGCAAAAAAUAAGCCAGCAUUCUGUCCAGUCGAGGCAACAACUAGCUGCUUUUAUGUUGUUUUCGCGGAUGAUAGCAAAUUAAAUUACAAAUCAUUUAUUUCCAUAAAUAAACGUCUAUUAAAUAUUUAUUUGUAUGAAUAUGGCGUAUGUACUCAUUUGUUGUGAACUGUUUAUGUCUUCAAUGUAUUUUGGCUGUGAGAACAGAUUUGAAUGGGUUGUGUCUGACGUUAUACGAAAUAGACACCUACUGACUUUAUAUCACACUUUGGUUUAUCUAUCGCACUUUAACGAGUUUUGAGAUAAAAGAUAGAGAGAUUGGAUAUAAUAAAGAAAUAAAAGAAAUGUGAUUAAAUACAAACAAAAACUAUAGCUUGGCGAAUUCGUUCGUAACAUUCCCGAUGCCUCGCGCGCACGACUUCACACCCGCGCAGUUCUUUCCCCCCCGUCGCCCGCAUAUCAUGAGAGUGUCAUCAAUGUACUUGCCAAGCUAUACAAUCAAUUUAAUUGUACUAACAUUUUUGUUGAUACCGCGCUCAUAAAUUUGCGACUAACAAGUUACGAGUGUAGAAAAUGUUUUAACUAUAUUUAGUGUUUCUUGGUUUAAAUGUUUUUAUGCAACAGGAUUAUCGUCUAGUUUUGUGAUUAAUUCAUAACUUGAACUACGACAACUAUUUCUUGCAUAUAUACUCAGAGGCACAAUUAUCCGCCAACUUUAAUAUGACGCGAGUAUAUUGCAUGUGCAUGUGCGAGCGAGAGGGACGAUUGUCAUUCGUUAGCGUGCGAUAGAGAAAACAAUAGUGUUGAACUUUUCAGUGUUUAUUCUUGACGUGUUUCUAGUACAUUAUAAUAUUGCUAUUUGGUGAAGUUUUUUAUAUGAGUUUUAUAUAUUCUACAAACAGCUUUGUUAUCACAAUCUAUACUUCUAUACUGAUAUUAUAAAGAGGAAAUAUUCGAUUGUCUGUUUGUAUAUAUUGAACUGGAACUGGAAUUAUUGAACCGAUUUGAAAAAUUCUUUCACUGUUUAAUAACUAUCUCUGAGUGUUAUAGGCUAUAUUUUAUCCCCGUAUUCCUACGGGAACGGGAACCACGCGGGUGAGGCCGCGCGGUGUCUACUAGUAAUGAAUAAUUGUUUAGCUUCUACAUAUCGAGCUUAUCGAAAACUGGUUUGAUGCACUUUUAAAUGUGAUCUUCUCUGAUGUAUACACGCUACUUUUAUUAACUUUUUGUAUAAUACACAAUAAACUCAGAUUAGAAAACAUACAGAUAUUCUCUUUUUAAUACAAAUAAUAGCUAGAAUCGAUUAGUAUAAAAAAGUAUAUUGAUUGCAAGAAGCUCACUAUUUUUUUUAUUGAGAUUAAAUACAUCUCAAUAAAAAAAAUAGUGAGCUUGUUCAAAAUUAUAUUACGUUUUUUCAAUGCAAGAUUUUAACUAUGUUGGAUUGCAGUAUUUCUUAUGCAAUUUGAGCCCAAUUAUCGUUCUCGGACUUUUUUUGAAUCUUCUUAACCAUUGUACAAUAUUAAUUGGUCAUUGAGUGAGCAGUUUAAAAUUUUAAUGUAGAAUAACUAACACAAUAUUUUUAUGACAUUUUAAAUAAUAAAAUUUGUUGUAAAAAUCAUCCUCUAAAUACUAUUCCAAAAUUAAAAUAAAAUUUUUAUGUAUAAAAUAUUUAUUUAUAUUUUUCAAUGUAGCAUGCAAAAAUGGAAAUUAUUUUAUCACAAAUGAUAUAUAUUAAUAGAUUUUCACAUAAACAUUGAUAAUUUGUAUUUGAAUCUACCUACUGAUAAUUUUCACUUAACGCAAUGUCUCGUGAUUUUGACAAAUAUUAUGUAAUUCAUAUUUUGAUUAUGUUACUUGUUAGUAAUUGAUGUAAAAAAUUAAAUGUUUUAGCACAGUGUUAAAAUAAUAGUAUUAAUAAAGUGGUACAUUCAUGGGACAACUGUGAAGAGAAUUUGAACUGUUUUUAAAAUAAUGUGACCAGACUGUACGAUUGCUAAACAGCGUUUAAUUAAGCACAGUCGUCCACAAACUUUCGCAUAAUCACAAACAUAAUUCACUUUCGUAUAAACUUUUUAUAUGUAGCACAUAUUUCUGUAUAAUUAAUUCCGAAUUUAUUAAUAUUGUGACUAAAAUGUAAAUAUGUUUGUACUUACCGACUGAACACUUGUAAUUUCAAGCCACUACUUCUGACAGUCUGUUUGGCUUUGGUAUCUGGCAAAUGUUUGACAACAGACAGUUGCCAUGUAAUAAAUAAAUAAAUAAAAAGGGGAAUGCCCAUCUACCAAUACAACAUCUGUCUCAGGAUUCCUCCAUAUAAAAGUAUUAUGGAGAUGAUAAAAUGACUUAAAAAUAAGGAUCUAGUUUUAUAAUUGGUAAUAAAAAGCAUGUUUUUUAAAAGAUAAAACAGUUUGUUUGUUGCUCAAAAAGGUUGCAGGUAGGCACCAAAGUGCUGAAGUAACAUAUGACAGUACGGUAAAAGUAUUUGUUUUUACUAUUACCAACAAGCAAAGGUAUAAACAAACCAACCAUAAGUCUUCAAAAAAUGUCGUAAAACUCCGGCUGUAUAGUCGACGACCUUUGCCGUCGUAAAAGUUCUAGGCGAACUUGCAGUAGGCCAACACUAGGUCUUUUAAGGGAAAAACUUCAAAAAAAAAAACCAACUCUCUUACCACUACAAAGUCAAACAGAUUUCUCUUAGUAGAUUGGCCAUAGACUGUAAUGAUUUCAGCCGAGCUGUGGAAUUACAAGCCAUGCUGCUAGUCUGUAUACUGUCCUUGACAACCGUUUAGUUUAGCCUUCAACUCUGCAGCCAGGCUCUAAACACAUGUAUUUUAAGUGACAAAUCAUUUGAUGCAAUAAAAAACUAAUGGUUGUUAGCUGUUUUUUCAAUGUAAAUCUUAUUUUAAAGUAAGUUGAUCGCAGAUUGCUGUUGCGUAUGUGUAGUUUGAGAAGAUCUUGGAUGGAAAUGAAAUCUUGCAUCAAUGUGCGAUCAACUUAGGAUCUCUUUCUAUUUAUUACGCCACACGGUCAAAUGGUCUAACAUAUCACAUGCACAAGUUCUUUCAAAAAUAGAUUUUUCGAUUAUUAAAUGGUGAAGUUUUAUUUAUAUUUUGUAACUAACUUCUACAAGUACCUUGUACUUCAUAUAUACAUCUUUUCUAUGUGCAGAGGUAGAAAUUUUCAUUGAAUUAAAACGGGUUUUAUUUUAUAGAAACUACUUUGUUUCUAUUGUAAUCUUACAUUAUUGACUUACGAUGGGCAAAUUAAUGUAAAUUACUAAACUCAUGAUUUUUUGAGAAAAUUGGUAUAGGUUAAUUUUUUAUAUAAUUUAAGAUAUAAGUCAGUCAGGCCAGUGUCGAAUACUUCAAAUUUCAAAAUGGUUUAUUUUUUGCAAAGGGGUAAUUUUAUGCCACCUGUGACGAAUUACUGACAUUGCUGUUUGGAUUUAUAUUACUAUUUAUAUAUUCGGCCAAUGACGUGUGACGUAGUAGAAUAUAAAAAUCCCUUAUUAUAGUGUAUUUAAUUAUUAAAAGACAAAAAUAUUUUUAUAGCAGUUUUUCUUUUUAUUUAUUUGUCAAUGUAACUUUUAAAUGAUAGUUGGAUUCGUAAAUGAAAUAUGUUCUGAAUAAAUAUGACCUUUAUAUUUUU